CCUCCCUCCUCCUCCUCCUCCCCUCUCCCUCCUCCUCUGUCUCUGUCUGUCUCCGCACUGCUGGCCUGUAUCCGUUGUGUGUCACACAGUCAGCAUCACAGCAGCAGCAGCAGCAGACAUUUGUUGGAGGAAAAACACGGACUGCGGUCGCAUCCUGCGCGCUUUACGCAUCGCGUUGGACGUAUCCGGGGGAGGGAAAACAACAGGAUUGUAUUUUAAUUCCCGCGUUGUUCUUGAAGAUCAUUUCACCCCUCCACCACCACCCUGCUCGUGUGGAUGGUUGACUGCAGAUUUGAUGGUGCUGAGCAGGCUGGUCUGAUUGCAGGCUUGCGGCCAGGAGGGGGCUGAUCUGUGGGGCCGCAGAGAGACAGGAGACAGAAAGCAGCUCUCUGUCCUCCGUCCUCCGUCCACGUCCUCUGUCCGGUUUAUUGUGAAUGUGAUCCGUGAUUUUCUGCAGUCGCUCUGAGUCAUUUGUGGAAGAAGAUGGCGGACAGGGCUGAGAUGUUUUCCCUUUCCACUUUCCAUUCCCUCUCCCCUCCUGGUUGCAGACCCGCCCACGACAUCAGCCUGGAGGAGUUUGACGAUGAGGAUCUCUCUGAAAUCACAGAUGACUGUGGGAUUGGACUCAACUAUGACUCUGAUCCAUAUGAGAAGGACUCCCUCAUUCUGGAGAAGAGCGACAUGCACCACCCAAUCUGCUCCUUCCAGGAUGACUUCCAGGAGUUUGAGAUGAUUGACGACGAAGAUGAUGAUGAUGAUGAGGAAGAGGACGAAGAUGAUGAGGUUGACCCUGAUGCACCCCCGUCCCCCUCUGCCUCUCCUCCUCUCUCUCCUACUCUUGGCACUCUGAAGAGCCGACCCACCACAUUGAACCUCACCACUGCUGUGUCACAGGAUUCACUGAACAACAACAGCAGUCUGUCCCCAAAGAAAGGAAGCUGGCAGGACUCUUUACGCAAGACCUCACAGGGUCGUCUGUCUCCAACCCACUCAUGUCUGGAUGACGGUAGCCAUGUGACAGGCCAGUGUCCAGACUCUCCAGUUACCCAGGCGCCAGUGUCCCAGAGCAAAGGUAUUCCACCAAAACAGGCAGGGGAGGGCGGGAACCCCCAAUCCCCUCACAGGCCCCUCCUCUGCGACAUGGAGGGCAACAGGCGGGAGAGGCCCGAAUACGGCUCAUUUGGUCAACACAAGUCCCACCCUUGCUCUGGUGAUGUCACUGAGCCAAAGGCAGACCCUUCGAUCCAGACGACCAGAGUACCGUCUGUAGACGAGCACUCCCAGUGUUCAGACACGGAGGUGGACCACGACCUCAACAGCGACCACAACCACAAACACUCAAACAGGCGUGCGACCGACACUUACACGAUCACCAGUGAGUCAGGCGUGGAGCCGGAGAAUGACCUAGACCCGGAUGGAACUAGUCGCUGCUUGUCAUCCACCGCACCAAUGGGACCCUGCGACGGCGCCGAUACACCCUUGUCUGACGAGGAGCUGGAGAAGGACUUUGAGGUGGAGUAUAUGUGUAAGGAGACCUACGACAUGGUGUGUAAGGAGAAUCGGUCAUCAUAUGUGGAGUUCCCCUCCAUUGAACCCGCCUCCUUCUCCAGCUAUGUGUCCUCCAGCCGCUCAGAUGCUCUUGACCACUCCAGUUCCGACGCAGCAAUUUCCGCCAUGGAGGCAGCAGCUAACGACUCCACCUCUCCGUCCUCAGACCCAGGGAUAGCAGAUAUGAACCAGCGGGGUUACAUGACUUCGGACCAGGACAAGGACCUCAGCUCUCCGGGCUCUGACUCUGACAUUGAAGGGGAGCUGGAGGCAGCGUUUGCCUGUGGCGGUCCAGUGGUCUCCAACAUGAUCUCCUCUAUCUCAGAGACAGAGCUGGACCUGACCAGUGAUGACAGCAGCAGUGGGCGCUCGUCUCACCUCACCAACUCCAUUGAGGAGGCCAGCUCGCCCACAUCAGACCAGGAACUGGACCUGGAUACAGAGUUAGAGCAGGACAGCGGCAUCGUGGGACUAAAAACGUCUCUACUUCUGGGCCAGCCUGACCCAAUCAAAGAAUUGUCCACUCUUCCCUCUCCUUCGCCUCUACCCUCACCCACUAUUGCCACGCCAUCCCCUGUUGACUCGCCCAUCUUACCUCCUGAGACCUACGAUGACGAGCAAGCUCUGAUGGGACUGCAGAGUGUGGACGACGAGCUGUCCUUUGAGCACCAGGCUGACCCAGACGAGACUCUGCCUCCGGCCCAACAUUGUGAAGACAGCCUGUCCAGACAGAUGGUGCUGCAGAUAGAACCAGACCACAGUCUAGAGAGCUUCAAACGCUCCUUUUACCUGCCAGUGGGACCCAGGCUAAUCCCCAAUGCAGAUGAAUACGAUGGAACCAGCGAGGGAGACUCCGAUUCAGAAAGCGAAGACGACCUGAGCGAGAACUCGGACUCGCCGUGGCUGCUCAGCAACCUGGUCAACAGGAUGAUCUCAGAGGGCUCCUACCCAAUCAGUUGUCCCGAGGACUGUUUCAAGAGGAAGGUCUCUGUGUCGGACACCAUCUCACCAUCCUCAGACAUCGGAGAAGGAGAUGGUUUCAAUGAUGAGGACCAAGAGAAGAAAUCAGAGAUGGAGGGAUCAGAGGAAGAAGAGAAGGAGGGUGAAGGGUACAGAAAGGAUAUGAUGGAGCCAGGAGAGAGGAGGAAGAGUGUGGAGUCUUCAAAAGAAGGAGCAGUGAUAAGUCCCUGUCUGUAUAUGAACAACCCUACUGGUGACAACAUAAGCCCUGUGAUCCUGGAGCACUGUGCAAACAAUGUGAGGGGAACCACCACGUAUACCACUAAAGACUCUGAGAAGAACUUCACAGAAUCUAAGAACGCCAGGAGACAGGAGGAAGACGAAGAGCCCAAUAAUGACUUGAUGAUGCUGGAGGGGAGGAAGGAUCUGGACUCGCCAAGCCUCAGCGAGAGCGUGGUCAGCGACAAGGACGAAGGACGAGAGACUGAGCCCAAGUCAACGGGCCGUUCCUCGGCCUCUCUUGAGCGUAUCACCGAGGUUAAACACAGCCUGACACUGGACAUACCCACCGCCCAGACUAACCGCUGCUUCAGCCUCACCUACUCCACAGACAAUGACGAAGAGGAGGACGACGGAGACUCUUACCCGUUCAUGGGUGGCAUGACGAAGCAGUCCUACCGGGGUAGUGACUUGGAGCUUGACAGUUCACCCCCCAUUGACUCCAGUGUGCAAGACCGUCCCUUAUCUGACCAUGACCUCCCACUGUGUGAGAAAGAUCUGGCUCUGAGGCCGUCGAACGAAGAUGAUGAACUGGCCUACGACUCCAUGAAGUACACGCUAGUGGUGGAUGAGAAUACGACGCUGGAACUAGUCAGUCUCAGGAGGUGCACAUCUGUUCUGAGUGAUGACAGCGAGCUGUCCACGCUAUGUGACGAGGAGCCUUUGGGGACGGGAGAGGUGGACUAUGGUCGUGAUGAUGAUGACGAUGUGAGGCCAGAACUUCUCAGUUCUUCUGAGGACUCCUCCCCUGAGGCCGACCUCCCAUUCUCCAAGAAGUUCCUCAAUGUGUUCGUCAACAGCACCUCCCGCUCCUCCAGCACAGAGUCGUUUGGACUUUUCUCCUGUACCAUCAAUGGAGAGGAGAGGGACCAGACACACAGGGCAGUCUACAGGUUCAUUCCCAGACAUGCAGAUGAGCUGGAGCUGGACGUGGAUGAUCCUUUAUAUGUGGAGGAAGAGGAGGAUGACUACUGGUACCGAGGCUAUAACAUGCGGACAGGGGAGAGGGGCAUCUUUCCUGCCUUCUACGCCCAUGAGGUCAUCGGCCAGUCUAAGGAGCUGCUGGGAAUGAAGAGAAAUCCAGCAUGGAUUGAGACCUACAGCGUUCAGUUUCUGGGGUCUGUUGAGGUACCUUAUCACCAAGGCAACGGCAUUCUCUGCGCCGCCAUGCAGAAGAUUGCGAUAUCGAGGAAACGGACGGUACACGUGCGACCUCCUUCUCUGUGUGAGCUGGAGAUCAGCUUGCAAGGAGUGAAACUGAUCAUGAGCCUGGAGGAUGAAUAUGACGCCCUCGAUGAGUAUGACAGGUGUAGUCACUUCUUCCAGAUGAAGAACAUCUCGUUCUGUGGAUGCCAUCCGAGGAACAACUGCUACUUCGGCUUCAUCACUAAGCACCCAAUGCUGAACAGAUUUGCUUGCCACGUGUUUGUAUCCCAGGAGUCCAUGCGACCUGUAGCAGAGAGUGUCGGACGAGCCUUCCAGGAAUACUACCAGGAACAUCUGGAGUACGCCUGCCCCACCGAGGACAUCUACCUGGAGUAAGAAGCGUUGCCAUGACGACCACCUUCUUCCUCCGCAGCUUGUGUAUGUUCAUCGGGUUUGCCACCAGAGGGCGCUGUCAGUGGGGGGGUCUUCUCUCCAUUGUAAACUACUCUUUGGGAUCUUCAUUUCUACAGUAUGCUAGGCAUCUGACUGAUUUCACUCAUCUCUCUCUCUCUUUGUUUAUUCCCAUCACCUCGAUGGAUCGAUUGCCUGUUUCUUUUAUCUUUUUCUAUGAUAUAAAACUAAGACGCUGAGCACCUGUUUAUUUAAAAGGUUCCUCUUUUGAAAUGAAAACGAUAUACCUACUACUGCUGUUUCACUUGUCAAUGCAUGGCUAGUAGGGUUACUGCACACAGACACACCGAGAAACACACAAGUGAAUGGCAAGCAGCUCAACAAUCAGUACGGGAAUGGUGUCGGCGUUUAAAUUCACUGUAAAUAUGUAUUUGUUCAAUACCGACAAACUUGCUUAUUUGAUUUCUACCGAUAGUGACAUUGGAGCAAAGUAGAGAGAGUACAGUGAACUGUCCUUGGUCCGAGCUUACCCCUGUGUCGCGUACAAGACGUAGUGUGUGUUGUAAAUACGUGUAUAGAAAGUAGACAUACAGGCGCCUCAUCCACACUAAUUAAGAAACACUCACAGCAGAGACGGAUGGAGGGGAUUUAGUUUUGUUGUGGGUAUUAAUGACUCACUCUGACAGGAGUAACUGCAAGUGGAAGAGAUUUUAGCGUAUAAGGACUUGUAAGGGACUUUGUAUGUCAUUCGCCCCCCGCAGAUAUUUUAUUCAGCUUGGAUUAAGGUGCAGUAAGUGUCGGCACAUUUUGGAUAUGACAGAACCAAUUUUACUUUUGUCCGGUCCUCAAAGUUGCAACGCUCGCUGACCUUCACCUUUCAUAGGAAAUCAUUCAACUGUUAAAACUGCAAAUCAUAGAUCACUGUAUGCUUUGCUGUGAUUGAUGUGACUUUCAGGUCAAAAAAAGCAAAGGCCCUCUGAAAAGCCAUAUUCUCACACCUCCUCCGACUGUUUAACUCGUCUCCGUUUUAUUUUGACUUGGCGGUUUCAAUGAGGGAAAAGGAACGACUAGACUGACCGGUAGUCGGUAAUGCUGUAUCGCAGGGUGCCUACUGUACAGUGAGAGCGUCCUGCUGAUUCUUGGUCCCGGUAUCACAAUGUAAUCAAACCUUUAAUAAAGCAUUAAAAGGGAGGUUUUAUAGUUAUGUAAAUGGUUAGACUUUGAUCUUGUUUUUUUUUAAGUGUGAUGGAUAAAAGGGAUGGCCACAUUCAUUUACUGCUCUAAGUCUGGGUCAAAGGUCGAAAGCAUCAUUCGCACAUCACACAAUAACCUCCUCCGGGGUUGUUGUAGCAUAGCAUAGCUUACAGUCUAGCACCUUAUAAAGGGGAGGGGGCAUAUUUAAAGAAUGAUGCACUCACUAAAAGUCAUCUGACCAUCCUCGUUGUUCUUUCAGACACUGUUUAGCAUCUUGUUCUGCCGCUUUCAGUCACAGCCCACGAGAGCAAACACCUCAGUUCACUGUUGAUACGGCAGGAGGGAGGGAGGGUGUUAUCUACAUAUGUAUCGCUGUCAGUUAGAUCAUGUAUAUAUCGAAUAGCGAAUCUAAGAUAGUGCUGUGUCCUUUAUGUUGAGUAUGUUAUGAAAUUAAUAUGUACAUUAAAUUAAAAAGAAAAAAAGAAAAAAAAGAAAGAUCACAACCAGACAAAAACCCCU